AUGGAGCCGGCCAGUCUGCUUGUAAGCGUGGUUGCUCUCUAUCCUAUUUGCAUUCAAGGCUAUCGCACAUUCACCUCUAUCAGGGACUUUCAGAGCACUAGCUCUGCGUUAUUCUGGAAGCUGAAGACCCAGGAGCUUAGAUUCACUACCUGGGGCGAUGCUCACAGCUUCAAAGACGCCGAAGUGACCGAGGACUAUCCAACGGUCGCCCCAGCACAGUUUCAAAAAUACUCCAAGCGAGUACUUGAACUUGUACAUGGCGUGCUGGUGGCUAUGCAGGAAGUAAUGCACGAUGUUGACAAGCUUGUAGAUCGGUAUGGGCUCGAAGUUCUCGACCCAAUUUCUGUGGAUCAAUCCGCGGCCGGGAAAGCAUCGCAGAAAUCGAUCAGGCUGCGUGCUAGAUGGGCGAUUCGGGACAGAAAGGCAUUUGAAGCCCUUAUCGACGAUCUCAGAGACUUCAAUGACGCCCUUGACGCUACCUUGACGCCGAUGGUGCUGCAACUUGUGGACUUUAGUGUUCGGAGUCAACUUACUGCCUCUGCUGGACGGGUUGAAGACCUUCAAACCAUCAGAGCAAUGGACAAUCAAAGUGGACUAUUGCGCAAUAUGGCAAGCUUCAAGUCCUUGAACCUCACGCUCCAGGAACAACGUCCCACUAUUUUAACACAAAAUGCGAACCGCGAAAUCGAACUUUCCGAGGUGAGGGUCAUCAAUUGGGAUGAUUUCUCAACCGCAGCGCUUUGGCACACAACCUGGAAGAAUAGCUCUUCGGUGCUCGUUGAAUGGAAAUACUACAACCCUGACCUUACGAGCAACUCGAGAGCAAACUUUCAGCUGACCGCCGAUAGAGUUCGAAUGCUAGUGCAACUUCUCACGAGCGAGUAUAAACCGCGGGAGUUCGAGGUGCUCGAUUGCAUAGGAUACAUCCACGAUGGGCAUCGUUCCCGCUUUGGGAUCGUAUAUCGGCUCUACGAUUGGACCCAGGUGAACUCGCCUGGGCGAUUGGAGAUAUUCGGUUCGAAGGUCUGGUUCACACUUUCAGAAGUGAUCAGGGAGAAUCCGAAGAUGCCUGUUCUAGGACAUCGUUUACAGCUCGCUCUGACCUUGCUCAAGAGCAUGAUCCAACUGCACGCGACAGGUUGGUAUCACAAAGGAUAUGAUUCGGAAAAGGUGGUAUUCUUCCUCAGGAAUAUGUCGUCCGGAGGACAAGAAAGUUCGCCGACACAAUCAGCGUCGUCGAUUGGCGUUGACAUUCGAAGACCGAAACUGAUUGGCUUCGACUAUUCCCGGCCCAUCCAGCGUUCAGAAUUCUCCGAGUUCACCGACCAGUUCUUGCUCAAUCACUCUGAAAAGCAUACGCAUCCGGACUACCUUGCGUUAUCUGGGGAAGAGUCGGAUGCAAAAUCUAAUCCUGGUUAUCGAGCGGAGUAUGACAUGUAUUCGCUCGGCUGCGUUCUGCUGGAGAUCGGUUUGUGGCGGCCUCUAUCGGUUCUCUGGAAGCCCGAGUACAAAACAGAUCUAGCAGCAUGGAAAGACAGACUAUGUCGCAAGUUCGUUCCCGACCUCGGAGGACGCUGUGGCGAGAGAUACCAGCUCGUAGUCCACAGUCUCCUGACGCAAAUUGACGCUGCGACCUCGCCGGGAACUGCACCUUUGUCAAAUUUUGAGCUGCUACAGCUGAUGGAAGAAAUCCACACGUGA